GGAUUAAGAGAUAAAACGUUUACGAGCAUAUAAGUUAUCAUUCACGUACAAGCCAUCCAUUUCAUUUUACGUGUCGCUGUCAGAGAUGAAAGCCUUUGUUAUUUUUGCUGCUGUCGUUACAAUAUGUUUUGGCAAUGCAAUAAACUACGUGCCAAGAGAUAAUAGCCACUAUGUGGAAGGCGAGAGUCGCUAUAUAUGGAUGUCGGACAAUGAAGACGAGCCAAAGCUAGUGGAUCUUCAAGCACCAGUCGAUGCAGCUGCUGUGGCAUCUAGAUCUGGUGCAAAUAAUCAAUAUUGGCUUUAUACCAGGAACAACCCUACUACACCUCAAAUCAUUACCCACAACAAUGCCGCUUCCAUUUCCAAUUCCAACUACGUGGCAUCAAGACCUUUAAAAGUUAUAGUUCAUGGAUGGACUAACAACGGAAACCACUUGCUCAACACAAUGACUACUUCUGCUUUCUUGGCUGUCCAAGAUGUUAAUGUCAUCGUAGUGGACUGGAGUACUGUUGCCAGUAUGGACUACAUAUCAGCGGUAUCUCGUGUACCUGACGUCGGUCAACAUGUUGGAGCCUUCUUGACCUGGCUUAUUAAUACUGCUGGUGGAAGCUGGAAUAAUGUGCAUUUAGUCGGGUAUAGUUUGGGAGCUCAUGUAGUUGGAAAUGCUGGUCGUUCAGCGUCUGGCGCCCCAUCCAGAAUAACUGGUUUGGAUCCCGCUGGUCCACUCUGGCAAACAAAUCAGAACACUCUAUCAUCCAAUGACGGACAAUACGUUGAAGCAAUCCAUACUGACGGUUUAAUCCAGGGCAUCUUCAGAUCUGUAGGGCACGCAGACUUUUACCCCAAUGGAGGAACAGGUCCUAUGCCUGGUUGUUCAGAUAGCCCCUGUUCUCAUGCUAGAGCCUAUGAGUAUUUUGCUGCAAGCAUCCGGUAUAAUCACUUUGUUGGAAGAUCCUGUCAGAGUCUUACAGAAGCUGGCGCUAACAAUUGUCAAGGCGUUAAUUUCAAUAUGGGCAAUGGACUUUUGGCUAAACGAGGGGCUGGUUUAUUCGGGUUGAGCACCGGUUCAUCAUGGCCCUACUGAACGUUUCUGAAUUUACAAAAAGAUCUAACCGCAAUUCUACAAUAAAUUUUGUUUUAAAUA